AUGAAGAGAAAGUGGGACUCAUUUGACACAGCGACGACGUCCGCUUGUGUUGAAGAGGGCCGUUUGUCGUCGGGGGAUGAAUUCGAUGUGUUCUUGAAUUUCAGAGGCUGUGACACCCGCCUCAACUUCACCGAUUGUCUCUAUUACUUCCUGACUGGAGCUGGGAUUCGUGUUUUUAGAGACGAAGAAGAGAUCUCAAAGGGCGAAAAGAUCAAAGGCGAGCUUCUCCAUGCCAUCGAAUCCUCCAAAGUAUAUUUGCUGAUCUUUUCUAGGAACUAUGCAUCCAGCACAUGGUGUCUUCGCGAGCUUACCCACAUAGUGCAGUGCUCAAACAAAGCGAAUGACAAAGUGAUCCUACCUGUUUUCUUUGACGUAAAUUCUGAUGACGUGAAGCUAAAAACUCGAUUGUACCUCGACGAUAUAGAGAAGCACGAGGAGACGUUUGGCCGGGAUGAAGUUCGGCAAUGGAUGGAGGCUCUGACCGAGGUCGCGAGAAUCAAGGGAUGGAGCUUGAAGGACAAAGGGCAUGUCGGACAUUUCGCGGAGUCUGGGAUGACGGCGACGACAGAAGCCGCCCUCGUCUUGCACGAUGAUCGUGAAGCGUCUGACGCGCGGAAGUGGACAAGAUCCUCCGAAAGGAGCGACGACGACUGUUAG